GGUAAAUAAAAUUUACUCACACCUUCUUUUACUAAAGACAGAGGGGUAGGGUGCAAAUUUAUUCAUGCCGACAUUUUUCUCACGCCCACGACAGCGUCGAUCGUUACGCGAUGUCCCGGAUGUGAGACGGCUUGGCCAGUUUGCAGUUAUUAGAGCUACAAUAAUCUCAAAUACGGACUGAUCUAUUUACCUCAGUGGAAAAGCUUAUCUGGAAGGCACCAACAGUUAAAGAAUUAAAAUGCCAGUUGCAGAAAGUGGACAGAGAACUUUUCCUGGUGCAGGAACUAAACCAGGAGUGGAAAUUUGGAGAAUUGAGUUUUUUAAGCCUGUUAAAGUUGACCCUAAGCAACAUGGAAAAUUUUACAAGGGCGAUUCCUACAUCAUACUAGAGACAAGAACUGUUGGAAAGAUGGCAAACAUAUAUUUUUGGCUUGGGCCAGAAACCUCUCAGGACGAACAGGGAGCUGCUGCCAGCCUGUCUGUGAUCCUUGAUGAUGAAAUGGGUGGUUAUCCUGUACAGCAUCGUGUGGUUGGUGGUUAUGAAGAUAAAGGGUUCCGAAACCUUUUUCCAAACAUAAGCUUGCUCGAUGGUGGCCAUGCUUCGGGUUUCAAGAAAGGGAAGAAAGAGUUUGUAAAGGCAUUGAUACGUGUGAAAGGGAAACGUAAAGUUUAUGCUUCUCAGGUGCCUCUUACUGUUGAUUCUCUUAACAAUGGAGACUGCUUUGUUUUUGACUGUGGAAGAAAGAUUUUUGUGUGGCUUGGCAAGGAGAGCAAUGCGAACGAGAGGUUUAAUGCUAUAAAAUAUGGGCGAGGAUUACGAGAUGAGGAGCGAGCUGGUUUGGCUACUGUAAUUGUAAUCGGAACGCCAGAAGAAGAGGAAGAGUUCUUUCUUGAACUGACUGGAAACAAACGUAUUGUUCCUAUUACUAAGGAAGGGGAAAGCGAUGAAGCUCAUGAUGAAAUCCUAACUCUCAAUUUAUACAGGGUCCAAGAGGAUUCCAGUGGAAAUAUCACGAUGAAAGAGACUGGCAGCAAACCUCUGAAACAAGAAGAUCUAGACCCUGAUGACGCUUUUAUUCUGGAGACUGGUCAGGGCAUUUAUGUGUGGGAAGGAAAGAAAUCAACUCGGAAUGAAAAAAAUCAAGCCUUCAAGGAUGCCCAAGGGUUUAUCUCUGCCAGACAACUGAAUCCUAACACACCUAUUAAAGUCAUUAAAGAAGAGCUGGAGCCAACAGAGUUUAAACAAUAUUUUUCAUCAUGGGAAACCACGGUGCCCUUUGGAAUGACACAGACAUACCAUGCUGGCCAGGGCAUUGCCACUAGAGAAAAACUGGACCAAAGGCCAAAGUUUGAAGUGAAAUCCAUGCAUGACAGAAGAAAGUCGGUGACCAGCUCCCUUCCUGAUGACGGCACAGGCACGGUCCAAGUUUAUAGGGUAAAAGGAUUUAAGUUAGAAGAACUUCCUGAGAAAUCUCAUGGGGUGUUCUACUCUGGAGACUGCUACGUCAUUCUGUACACUUAUCUCAAGAACGGCAGGGAACGUCACAUCAUCUACUUCUGGCUGGGAAAUGAUAGCACAGCAGAUGAACAAGGAGCAGCUGCAGCUGGUGCGAUUGCCCUUGAUGACCAGCAUGGUGGAGAACCCUAUCAGGUUCGAGUUUGUGAAGGGAAGGAACCUGAACAUUUUUUUAUGAUUUUCAAACGUCGGCUUAUCAUCUAUCAGGGUGGACAUGCUAGUGGCUUCAAGAAUGUGAAAAAUGAGGAAACUGGCAGAGACACCCGUAUGCUUCAGGUUCGAGUCACAGGAAACAAUGCUAGGAUUGUUGAGGUUCUCCCAGUAGCCCAAUCUCUGAACAGCAGUGAUGUGUUUUUGAUACAUAGUUCUAGUAUUUGCUAUCUGUGGGUUGGUAAAGGCAGUAUUGGUGAUGAGAGGGAGGUCGCUAGAGAAGCUGCAAGGCUUAUCUGGCACUCUGACGAUCCAGAACGAGCUAUGGAAGGCGAUGAGAGAAAUGCAAAGACUAUGGAUAAAAUCUGGACGUUGCUUGGCGGAAAAGGCGACUACUCCUCAACUAAGAAGAACUGGGGAGAGGGAGACAACCAGACUUACCCCGCCAGACUUUUUCACUGUUCCAACGCGUCAGGCAGGUUCAGAGUGGAGGAAGUUCUUGACUUUUCACAGGAGGAUCUCGAGGAAGACGAUGUUAUGAUCCUUGACGCCUGGAAAGAGUUGUUUGUGUGGGUUGGAGAGUCUGCACGUAAAGAAGAGAAGCACGAGGCGAUUAGGACUGCUUUGGUAAUGUUGUUGUUGAUUUCAAAGGAGCUACCUGGCUCACGGCUUGCGCAUCUUGUAAAGUUUAGCCUAAAUUUUUCAAGUUCGUUGUUUGUAAUCGGUGUAAAUCUUCUCCAUCCUUGAC